AUGUACUCUGUGUCUGGUGCAAAAAUCAACAUAUCAGAUGCAUCCCACCCGGAGCGAAUCGUCACGGUGUCCGGAACCCGCAGCGCCAUCUACAAAGCCUUUACACUGAUCACAAAGAAGUUCGAGGAGUGGUGUACACAGUUCCAAGAUAAUAAUACUCAACAGGGUAAAACACAGGUUCCAAUUCGUCUUAUCGUGCCAGCUAGUCAGUGUGGCUCUCUGAUCGGUAAAGGAGGCUCGAAAAUCAAGGAAAUUCGGGAAAUUACAGGGUGCUCGAUCCAGGUCGCCAGCGAAAUGUUGCCAAACUCGACGGAACGGGCCGUGACGCUCAGUGGUUCUGCCGACUCGAUCACGGCCUGCAUCUACCACAUCUGCUGCGUGAUGCUGGAGUCACCACCAAAAGGUGCCACCAUCCCGUACCGGCCGAAGCCCCAAAUCAACGGUCCAGUUAUAGUGGCCAAUGGACAGGCUUACACAAUCCAGGGCAACUAUGCCGUUCCCGCACAGGAGACCUGCACAGUAUUUCCACUAGCCAUUGCCGGUGGCUUGCAUGCGGCAGGCAUCUCGGGCUUAGCCGAUCCAUUACUAAAAGGAACACAUCUGCAAGGAGCGAUACCUCCACAUCAUCUACAACCGAUACCUGAUGUGAGUCUUAAUCUCUCUCUCUGUCUCUCUCUUUCUCUGGUAGGAAUGAAUCCAACUGUAGCUAAUGAAAUUUUUCCCCCCUCGUUCAUUUCACAUCACCGAUCUCUCUCUCUCGCUCUCUGCGAAAAACAAAUCACAGUAUCUCCCUCGUCUGUCGCGUCGCCUAUAGCUCUGGCCGCCCUGGCCGGUUCGCAACUGCGGACAAACAAUAAUCGCAACGUGGCCGCGGCUGCCCAGGUGCAGUCCCAGUCCCACGAAAUGACAGUGCCAAACGAUCUGAUCGGGUGCAUCAUCGGCAAGGGCGGCACCAAGAUCGCCGAAAUCCGCCAGAUCUCCGGAGCCAUGAUCCGGAUCUCGAACUGCGAGGAACGGGACAGCGGAAACACCGACCGGACCAUCACCAUCACCGGAAAUCCGGACUCGGUGGCCCUGGCGCAGUAUCUGAUCAACAUGAGAAUUUCGAUGGAAACCGCCGGACUGCCAAUCCAGGGCUAUCACUACUUAGCCCCGAACCACAUCGUUAAGGCGCCCAUCCACUAAGGAACCGCCGGGGGAACAGUAGCAGGAAGCAAACGACGUCCAUCAUCAAUCAACAGAGAAAGAAACACAACUUAAGGAGGACACACCGGAAAAAGUAUGAAUCAAGAGAUGUUAUUCAAUCGACAGCAAACAAAAGACAAAACGUGUGUUGGUUGCGAGAAACCUUGAGAGCAAGCAGCAAGGUGGUUACAACAACAACAACACCCCCGCCCCCCUUUUUAAGUAAUCGACAGCAACUUCAAAGGCAACAGAAAUAUCAUCAUCAUCAUCAACACGCCAUCAAAUCAACCGAACGCCCUGAAGUUACAGCAGAAAAAAACCAACCGGAAACACAGUGUGACAACAACAGAUCUCGUAGGGAAAGGAAUGUUUCGUUUUUUAUGUUGUUGAGGUUUUGUUUUAAGAUGUGAAAGCGGAAAUGGCGAUGCAUGCAUGUUGGAAAAACUGAAGAGAAAUGAGGACAGAAGAAGGUCCUUCGUCCUUGGACAAAAUUUUCAAAAGGAAGAUGGAAAGUCGGUUGAUGAUGUUCUCACAUUUGAACAAUUACACAGAUACACGCCAAACACUUUCGGUUUUGGGAAGAGGUAAAAAAAAGAACGAAUUAGAAAACAGCCCAACCAUCAACAUCCUUCAGGAGAGAGCUAAGCCAAAGCGAUUUGAAAAUUAACUGCAAGGAUGGAGGCUUGUUGUAGCCUAUUUUGUUGGGACAUUAGUCAGGAAAGUAGCGACGAGAGAUAGGACAGAAAAAACUUCGGUUAUUCUACAAUCUACAUGUGUUCAUCGUGUAACGGAAGUGCAAGAAAGAAAGAUAGGCAUAAUAGAGUGAACGCGCAAGCCGGAUGUAAUGUUUCAGUUUUUCUCGUCUCCCGAGUCUAUUUAAGAGUUAAAUAAUUGCUCACUAACGUACAUGUAGGUUUAUGUAUGGCAAUGUAACUGUAUAGAAAAGUUUUUCCCACCCAGUAGAAAAAACGUGGGUGGCAGUAGAGUUUUUAUCGUCUAGAUUAAAAUGUGUUGCGUAGGAUUUUUGUUCUCUCUGUUUUUAUAUCUAUUUUUUUCCUGUAACUAAAUUAUUGUAAAUCGAAAACACUACCGAUAAGAAGGUUUUGAUAACGCUCAACUAGGACAAAAAAAAAACAAACACAUGAGUUAAUCCUGACCGCUUGUUUUUGUUCUGAUGGAAGAAACAAAUAGAUCCCAGAUUAGAUAAAGCCACGCCAAAUGGAGGUUUAAAUUAUUUAAAAUGUAUGCAUCACGCCGCAACAAACAAUCAGCACCGGUUGAAAGGUGGUGGAAGAGCCAGAUAAUGAUGGAAUGUACUCAUUAGUUGGUUUGACACUCGGACGAGGCUCAAUGAGUAUCCAGGUGACGUUUUCAUGAAAGCAUCACAGUACUUCAAUGGGAACUCCCAAUAAAGACACUGCGCAUAUGAGCAUGUGUGCCGAGUUGCUGCUUUUUUACUGUCCGUUCAUUUCGGAUAACCGGAACCGGAAGUUGUCCCGGGAAACUGUUCAUUGUUACUGGUGGUGCCGCGAUAAUGAGCACAGAUUUUCCAAUCAUUUCGCCACAAUAAUACAAGUGUUGGUUGGCCAAAGAAGGCCCAACAAUGUUUCAAAGUCGUCUGGUCAAUAUGAGUGCGCAAUGUUUCAAUUUAAAUCAGCCAGUUUUUGGUUACUCUUUGAUCGUCGGUUGGUAAAAUUGUUAACUGUUCGUUAGAAUAAUCGAAAUUAAAUUCAAACUUCAGAAAAAAAACUCGAGCAACUAAAAAUGCGAUUCGAAUCAUAUUAAAAAUAGUGUUAACGAAACUAAUUUUCUAAAACCGUUUUUCAAAAAGCUUAUAGAAGAAAAGUUUGAGUAAAGCGGGAAAAAAAUCCAGAAAGAUUUGCAAUUUUUAGGAAAAAAUCCAAUCAAAAAAAGUGUUUCUAUUCAUUUAUGUUCUUGAUUGCAUACAUGAAGGCGAUUUACGGUUCACCGACAGUUUUUUUUUUCUCAUCACAUGCUGUCAGUAUUUCGCCUUGUCUUAUGCAACAACCUAACAUAAAUUGAUAUGAAUAUGCUAAAAUGACAAAAAAUGUAAUUCGGUCUGAAAAGUUUUAACAACAUGUCCAGCUGUUAAAAAGUUCAUUUCAUUCCAUUUAUUCUUUUGUAGAAACAAAUUAGUUCGAAUAUUAAGGUUUGAUUGAUCCAUAUUAAAUCAAAUCUAAAAUUGAAGCACGAACCUCAAAUGAUUCAAAUUCCAUAUUUUAAAGAAAGGAAUGGAAUUCCGAAAGAAUUCAAGUCGAUUUUCAUGAUUUUUUCUUUGAAAAAAAAAAUGCGUAACUGCAAAUUUUAAAUGGAAAUAAACAGUUAAAUAACAAUCACAUUAAAAACCGAUCAAUGCUAUGUGAUUUGCUAUUUACGAGGAAUCACCCAACAUGCAGACGCUGCUGCUCACACCUUCGCACCAGCAAUGUUGGCUACUCAAUGAAUGCUCGACCGAGAGCGGCGUACACUCACUUUCACACAAUAGCAGAUAGAUUAGGUACAAUUCAUACACGCUCCUUUAUAUGCACUCAAAUAGGCAUAAUGCAUACUACACAUCUUCCCUCUUCUCCCAGGAAAAAAAACGAGAGAAAAAAAGUAUUUUAAAAAGUUAUAUAGGGGUUUAUAUUAUAAAAGACGCACAGAGUUUUUUUUUAUCUAUGAUCGCUAUUGAUUGGUUCCAUGGGUCACCUUUCUUUGUCUGUGACAUACUUAUGUCGCUGAGUUGUGUGACCUUCAAAGUCUGCUAGGAAUAAUAUUACGAUCUUUCAACUAAAUCCCUCAUGAUGUUUAAACUUUCAUGAAUGACAUUCAGAAUCCCCUGUAUGUCUUUGUAGCAAAAGCAACCAGUUCAUCAUUUGAAUUUUUAAGUCAUAUUGCAUUCAAAUGUCACUAUGGGUUUUGAUAAAACUUUCUCCUUCAAGUCUUUGAAAAUAAACAUAUACACAGCUGCUAAAGCCGAUGGUUGUUUGCCGAUGGAUUGAAUUGAGGGAAUGUUUUUUGCUUUUGCUACGUACACACGUAUAGAGCACGAUUCGCUAGCUGCUCGGUGUUGGCCAGUAUGUGUUUUCAUUGUCCUCGUCUUGUGAUGCGAUAGGGAGGGACGUGAAAACGGUUAUAUUUUGUCAUACGCAAUGUGGUUUCGCUGGGAGGUUAAUGCCGACGCAAAUCGAAUCAGCGCCGGUCGCGUGAUCUUCUUAUGUCAAUGAUGCUAUGUUAUUGAUAGCACGCGGUUGGCAUAGAGGCUGAAUUUUGGAAGUUUCCACUAAAAGUUUGUAUGGUUCACUGUGACUGCAUAACAUUGCACGAAAUCCUACUUUCAAUGGAACGAACAAUAACAAAUAGAUACUUCAAUUUAUAAUUAUUCUCUAACCCAGCUGGUUGCUCACGAUCAGAAAAUGUGCAGUGAAAACAGGUCUGACAUGGGAACCUGAACCCCGUUGUUAUGGACUGCUAGAUGACUAUCGGAUUAUUCUACUGACAAAAUUACCUGCUCCUUAUUUGUUUGACUGCAUUCCGAUGGACUUCGAAUUUCGCCUCAAUCCACAGAGCUUGAUCAUGCGUUUUUUCAACACAGGUAUUUUCAAAAAUUUAAAUGUUCUGUUACAACAUUGUUUAUCUUAAAAUAAAUAAAUGUUUUUUUUCAUGUUUUUGUCCAUGAGAAAGCUAUCUAGUAUUGCAUGAAAUGGCCGAGUUGUGUGUCGAUACCUUCAAAUAACUCUCAGAAUUCACAAAAUAUGCUUUAAUUGUUAUUCAUACCGCAUAGGACAAAUCAAAUUUGUUUAAUUGAAUAUCAGUGCUAUUGUAAGUGAUUGUUAAUAUUGCGUAUGUCGAAAGCGCUAGCACUGCGCUUUUAUUUUGAUGCAUUUUAGAAAACAGCCAUUUAUACAAAUAUGUGUCGCUCGUUCCAGCACUCUCUGCUGAAGCUCAAAGUUUCUUUGAUAGAUAUACGGGUGUAAUAGAUUUACGAACAUGUAAAGUUUUUUCAUCGAUUAGUUUUCAAUUCCAUGAAUUCCGCAAAUUAAAAAGUUAAAAAAGGUUUGAAUCCAACGAAACUGUAAGGCUAACGCAAAAAAAAACUAAAAUUGAUUAAUGAUCUGUUCAUACAAUGAGAAAAUCUACCAAUCAGGAAUAAGAACGAUAUGGAUCAUCACACUCGAGAAAUCUUGGGUUAGUAACACCUUUCAGAAGUUUCAUCUCUAGUGGUCAUUUUAAAGUGCUCAGGUGUUUCAAACAAUAUAAAUACAGCAAAAUCACAAACUCAUAUAAUAGCGCCAGCACUAAAUUUUACUUCGGAUUUCCGACUUCCGAAAAACUUCCGACAAAGAAAAGUGAAGUACUAAAUUUUCGGAAGUUUAUGUUUCGUUGCCAGUUUACCCGCGACGUUUCUAAACAUUUUAUUUAAAUUCACAAUAUGAUCACUGUGUAAAAUGAAAUGACUAGUCAGGAUACUCCAUGUGUGGGUAAUUUAGAAGGCUCCCUCGUCUGACAGCAUCACCUAAUCAUCCUGAUAAGAUGGAGGAAAACGUGACGCUGGACAACGUAGACACCGACCUAAGAACGGAUAAAACAUAAUGUUGUACAAUUUACUGGAGCAUCAUCCUUUUAUUAGAUUAUUUGUAUGUUUUUAUCUUUCCAAUAAUCUCUUUCCGGUUUCUGUUUGAUUGAUUAUAUUUGGUCGAGAUUUGAAAAGAUUGUUAGAACCUCACCAGGCCCCUAAGACUCGUAACUUGCUUGCUUUUCGCCGUUUUCAUGAAUAUACUUUUUACGAUCUUACUCAUCAUCCUCGAGUUCAUUAAAUCUUACUUUCCAUUUUUGUCUGUUUAAAGUUUCCAUUAAAUUGCCUAUAAAAUUAUCACAGUUCGACUUAUCCAGAGAUAAGGAAAGUCAUGGUAAAUAGAAACCUCUCGAUUUUCAAAAAAAAAUAAUAAUUAUAGACAGUUCAACGUUUUGUGUUCAUUCAUCCUGAGAUAGUAUUUAUCUAAAGGAAUAAGAUAAUGAAAUAGUAUAUGAUCGAGUGAAUAAUUUACUGGCAACAUCAUUUGUCAACAUCGGACCAUCGUUCCUUUCGAAUUUCGUCGGUCGUUAGUCGUUCGAUGCGUUAAGUUCGUUCUUUCCCGAAACAACGACGCAUCUAUCAAGUCGCUUGUAACAAAUAUUUUGGAUUAGGUUCUAGACCAUCGAAGGCCCCACAGUUUCAACAUUUUAAAAAGCUGUUAUAGUUCCAGUAACUAACUUGUGCUCUUUCUAAUAUCAACAAUGUGUGCUAGACCCGAGGAAAAAAAAAAUCAGCUCUCCGGGCUCGUCUCAGGAUAAAAACAUAUUGUUAGGCUUCUCUCGAACUUACAACUACUUUUUUUAUACUCAAUUUGAGCUAAAGUUAUUAACCGUACACUUCUUCCUAGCUAAUAUUGACAUUUGUGAGUCCUCUUGACCUUAAUUUAACUUUUUGUGCUCGACCCGAACUUAACUCAACUUCGUUUGAGCUCUACCCGAGCUAAAUUCAACUUUUUGGACUCGUCCCGAGCAUAAUUCAUCUAUUUGUGCUCAUGUCAAGCUAAAUUUAACUUUUUGUGCUCGUUCUGAGCUAAAUUAAACAUCUUUUGUGCUCAACUGGACUUCUUGUUCAACUUUUUCUACUCGUCCCGAGCAAAUUCAACUUCUUUUUGUGCUCGUCCUGAGCUAAAUUCAACUUUUUUAUGCAAAAUUCAACAUCUUUUGCGAUCAUCCCGAGCUAACUUUCACUUUUCGUGCUCGAGCUAAAUUCAACUGUUUGUGCUCGUCCCGAGCUAAAUUUAACAUCUUUUAUGCUCGUCCCGAGCUAAGUUCUACUUUUAGGGCUCGUCCCGAGCUAAAUUCAACUGUUUGUGCUCGUCCCGAGCUAAAUUGAACAUCUUUUGUGCUCGUCCCGAGCUAAGUUCUACUUUUUGUGCUCGUCCCGAGCUAAAUUCAACUAGUUGUGCUCGUCCCGAGCUUAAUUCAACUGUUUGUGCUCGUCCCGAGCUAAAUUCAAUAUCUUUGUGCUCGUCCCGAGCUAAAUUCAUCUAUUUGUGCUCGUCCCGAGCUAAGUUCAACUAUCCUAAGCUAAAAUCAACUAUUUAAUGCUCGUCCCAAGCUGAUUUCCACAAUAUGUGCUCCUCCCGAGCUAAUACUCACAUUUUGCACUUGACCAGAGCCUAAACCAAUACGGCUCUGCUCGCUCCGAGCUAUUGCAAUCAAGCUUUAAACAAACUUUGUUUUUUUUUUCAUACAAAACAAGCACUUAUACUAUUGGUUUUUCUUUCAGUCACCACUUCAACCAAAGAAUAACAAUGGAGCGCUAGCGCUCCCAGAAGAAUUACAAUUUACUGCAACUUAUUCACUGCUUUCACUGCCAAUUUCACAAAGCGCUGCCCGUUGGGUGAUUCCUGCUGGUAUGAGGUUCAAAUUAUUUGGCUAAUAAACUAUUAGAAAACCUGUCACGGUCGUCAAUAUGUGAUUUGCUAUUUACGAGGAAUCACCCAACAUGCAGACGCUGCUGCUCACACCUUCGCACCAGCAAUGUUGGCUACUCAAUGAAUGCUCGACCGAGAGCGGCGUACACUCACUUUCACACAAUAGCAGAUAGAUUAGGUACAAUUCAUACACGCUCCUUUAUAUGCACUCAAAUAGGCAUAAUGCAUACUACACAAAUGCAUGAUAAAAAGUGCAUUCAACAAACAACUGAAUGAAUUUAAACCUCCAUUUGACAGACAAAGAUUGAAAACAGAACAAAAAAUAUCGCCAAACUCAAACAAUAAAUUCAAAUCUAGGAAGAACAAAAACAAGUCGCCGGAUUUCAAACACCCAAACUCGUCGUCCCAAACAAAGCGGGAGCAAAGUGUGAAAAGCAUCAUCAGAGAGCCAUAAUCGGUAAAAGAACAGUAGCAAAAAAAAAAAGAAUCAAAACCAACGCAAAAUUGAAAACCAUGUGCGGGGAUAAAAUCGAACAGGCAAAAUGCAACAGAAAAAACCCGUUGAGCUUAACAUCAUUCAGUUUUGAAUUGAAUGUGAUGUACACAACUUUUUUUUUUUUUGAGUGAGUGUUUGCCGCGUCGAAGACUUUUUUCGGUUUUAUUAUUAGAAAUUGGUUACUAACUGAUUCGUGGAAAAAAGGAUAUAAAUUGAAUUUUAUGUUUUAAAAACUUGCUUUCAAAAAGCACUCAAACAAAAUUGAUAAAAAAACAGACAGGUGAUGGUUUCACAGAAAUUGAAACUUAGGAAAAACUACAAAUGUAAAACUGUCCGUACUAAAAGUGAAAAUUGCAAUCAGAACAAAAAAAGUUGAAAACAGUCUGUUCGAAAUUCGAAUAAUUUGAAGCUGUGAGCUUUCCAUUGAUUUCCUUAUAGAAAAAAAACUAAAUUAAUUAAUAUUAAAUUUACAAGUCCAUUGGAGAUAAGUUCGAGGAAUUAGUUUGUAGGUUUUCCGGGCUUAGAAGCUUGUAGAGCGCGCGUGUUUAGGAUUUGCUGGAAACGAGCUGUGUAUAGCUUUGUAGAUCGGAUUCGAUUGCGCGAGUUUUUUUGUUCUCUCUUAGAGGUAUACGAAUCAUUAGGCGAAGAAAAAUGAAGAACAUAUUCAUCUUAAACGUGCAAAAGUAGAUAUCACAAAAAAUAUCAAACAGAAAUAACAUCGUACAUAUCGGUUUUUUAAUAAGGAAUUUUUCGUUUUGAUAAAUUGCAGAGAAUGCCAACAAAAAAAUCAACUGUAGGUAUAAGCAGAAGCAAACAUUUAGGCGCAAAAGGGUAUUUUCAUCGUCGGAAAAUUGGAACAGGUUGAUGGUGUUAUGAGAGUUGCUCACAAAAAAAACCUCCCCAUCCUGUCGUCGGAUCUCGAUAUCAUUCGUAUUACUUCUUACAUACCUAAUAAGGAGUCGUUAAUUUUGAAUCGUUUGAUAAAUAGUUUGAAAAUAAUAAAGAGGAAAUUGUUGUUAGUCUAGACAUUUUCGAGCUUUAGUUUUUAAAAUCGAUUGGUACAACUAGAUGAUGGGAAACGUUAAAUUUAGGACUACUGAUGGUUUACAAAUGAAGCUUUUUGUUGGAAAAUGUUGGAAAAAUGUGCUGAAAGUUUGAGUUUCCCCACCUGAAAAUUACGAAAGUUGUUGAACGAUUCGAGAAUUUUAAUUUGAUUUUUUUUCCAAAUUAAAAAUAAAAAAAAAUCUUCUAUCUGAAUUAAAAAUACUUUAAAUUUUACUUAUUUUAAGAUUCGAAGGAAACUCGCAGAAGAUUAAUUCGCCUGCAAGUAGGCUAUGAAACUGUGAAACAUUGAACAGUUUUUGUUUUAAUUUAUUUUUAUUUUACCAAACUAACUUUUUGAUGAACAAACAAACAUGAAAAAAAUAGUGUUAAAUUUUACCCAAAGUUUUGCUUAAUUUUUCGCUGAAUACAGAAGAAUACAGAACCCAAAUUUGUACAAAGCGUAGCUCAGCUCAAACCUUCAGCAAAACUUUAAAUCAAAUUUUCGGCAGCUUCCAACAACAGUGCGUCAUUUAAGCCAAUUGGUCACUCUAAGCUUUGGUAGAGAGAAGGGGUAACCUUAAAUAAAUUAGAGAAACAUAAAACAAUCAGUAAAAAUGCGCAGCAUCGUGGCGUUAUGAUCAAGAAGCUAGAACAAGUCACGAAAAGAGUAUUUAUCACUCUCCAUUCUCCCCAUAUUCCAACUCAUUCACUCACCCUCACGCCCUUUUCCCUCUUGUAUUUAAAGAAUGCCAAAAUCGCAAGUGCCAAGUUUGUGGUUAAGGGAAUCGCGAGAAUCAGAACAGAAUUUAUCUCAAGCAAGACACAUGAAAAGAAAAUUGGAGGAAAUUGGCGAAAUUCGUUGGGUGAUACACAGGCUAUUUAUGCACCUUAGGGCUGGACAUAUUUAGUAGAAACAAAGGCAAAAAUCACUUAGCGCGCACUAGUGGGGGAAAAUGCUCUCUCUAGAGACAGACAGACAAGUCAUGAAUGGUGUAGUUUCUUUCAAUGCGGGAGAAAAGCUGCGAGAAUGCAUACGCUCUCACUUACUCAUUCAUCGGGCGAGAGAGAGGGCGUUACGCAGAGCAUCAGCAAGAAGCGUUACAUAAUAUAUAUUUUGUAUAAACUUAUUUAGGAUUCUAAAGAAGAUAUAAAACAAAAAAAAAUCACACACAGCAUUCAACAUGUGAAUGAUAUAAUUAAAUGAUAGAGAAAAUCUUUUGUGAGAAGCUUAUUAGCGCAUCAGAGUAAGAAUUAAAAAAAAAAUACACGAACAAACAGGGUGAACUUAAGUGAAAAUAAAUAGGUGAAAA